AUGGAUACCGUCCCUCUUGAUGAACAAAUCCCCCAACCAGGCCAAUGGCCUGUAGAUCCUCAGGAGGAUCUUCCUAUCUCUGAGAAUAGUAUUUGGGUUGAUGGAUGUUUCGAUUUCAGUCAUCAUGGCCAUGCUGGUGCUAUGCUUCAGGCGCGCCGACUCGGCAAGGCGUUAUACGUCGGUAUCCAUUCUGAUCAAGCAAUUCUGGAAAACAAGGGACCAACAGUGAUGUCCUUGGAUGAACGAGUCUCAGCCGUUGAUGCUUGUCGAUGGGCUACUCAAAGCGUUCCUCAUGCUCCCUACGUGACCUACCUACCCUGGGUUUCCCACUACGGUUGUAAAUACGUUGUUCAUGGUGACGACAUUACAUCAGACAGCGAUGGCAAUGAUUGUUAUCGAUAUGUCAAGGCAGCUGGGCGCUUCAAGGUUGUGAAACGAACACCUGGCAUAUCCACAACGGAUUUGGUUGGCCGCAUGCUUCUUUGCACAAAGAACCACUUCAUCAAAUCAGUCAAGGGAGCUCUGACAGGAGAAGAAGGAUCAGGAAGCCCCGAAGAACGCAAGGCCUCGGCAGCCGAUCUUGUGCAAAGAAUUCGGGAUUAUGCAACUGAUGAAAGUGGCCAUGAGCCUGGUCCUCAGGUUUGGACAUGGACUGCAUCCGGGAUGGCGAAGAUUGAUCAUCGUGUCAAGGAGGCCGGAACUUUCGAGACUCUGGUAGAUGGAAAGGGCCCGAGACCAGGCCAGCGUGUCGUCUAUGUUGAUGGCGGCUUCGAUCUUUUUUCAUCCGGCCAUAUCGAGUUCCUUCGACAGGUCAUGGAGAUGGAAGAGGCUGAAGGUCAGAAGCGGGGCUGGUUCGACCCAGAGCAGAAAGAGAAGCGACUGAAGGAGUAUAACGAAGACUACGCCCCAGCCUACAUCGUUGCGGGUAUUCAUGAUGACGAUGUCAUUAACCACUGGAAGGGUCUCAACUAUCCCAUCAUGAACAUCUUUGAGCGUGGUCUUUGCGUGCUUCAAUGCCGAUACAUCCAUGCAGUUGUCUUCUCGGCUCCCUUCACACCAAGCCGACCUUACUUGGGAGCUCUGCCGCUGGGUGUACCCGAUGUCGUUUACCAUGGUCCUACAACAUUCAUCCCUCUGACAUACGACCCAUACACUGCUCCAAAGGAGAUGGGCAUUUUCCAGGAGGUUGCACACCAUGCUUUCCAGCAUGUGAAUGCAGGCGAAAUUGUUGAUCGCAUCUUAAAGAGUCGAGAAGCGUAUGAGGCACGACAACGGGCUAAGCUGGAGAAGAGUGUCAACGAAGACUUGGUCAAGGCUCAAGAACAAGCGUCAGCUUAA